AUGCAACUCCAACUCCCGACUGAUGUCUACGUGGACUCUGAUGGAAAUAUCUUUGUCGCUGACUCAGGCAACAAACGUCUGCAAAUGUGGGCUCCUAACGCUACACAAGGCAAGACGAUAGUCACCAUGGGUGAUUCCGGGCCCAACACUGUGUCUGGAAACAGUAAGUACCAAGAUGAGAUUUACGUUUUUGGUAGUCGUCUCAUGAAAUACUCAACAAAUUCCUCAACAUCAUCCGGAAGUUAUCUUGGUUUUUUGGCCGAGCCUGCUAAUGGCAUGGUCGUCGAUCAAUGUGACACGGUCUACGUGACGGCGGGGUAUGUAUCCGGCGGGUAUGUAUCCGGCGGAGGGAGACUAUCAAAGUUUACAAGUAAUAAUGUAACUGAGCAGAUUCUGCUCUCCGGUCUCGCGACGCCGUCGGAUGUAAUUCUCGAUCAGUGCGGCCAUUUGUUCGUUGCUGAAGCUGGCAAACAUCGAAUUGUGCGGUAUAGUACACGUUCGGGUGGCCCAAUGGAAGUGGUGAUCAACAAAAGAGGAUUGGAUGGUAGUGACAGUGAACAUUUGAACAAACCGAUAAGUCUGUCCUUUGACUCAAAGUGGAACCUCUAUGUAAGCGACACGGAGAAUCAUCGAAUUCAGAAGUUUGACUUUCUGAAUGGAUAUAUGUGGUGUUAG